GAUAAGCAUCUUGAUUCACCAUGGCAUUGGCAGCAGUAAAAUGGGCUAUAUCAAGCAGAACUAUCUUGAAACAUUUAUUUCCAAUUCAAAAUGGAGCCUUAUAUUGUGCUUGUCAUAAAACUACAUAUUCUUCUCUUCCAGAUGACUAUAAUUGCAAAGUAGAGCUUGCUUUGACAUCUGAUGGCAGGACAAUAGUACGCUAUCACCCUUCUGUGGACAUUCCGUAUGAACACACAAAACCUAUCCCUCGGCCAGAUCCUGUGCAGAAUAAUGAAGAAACACAUGAUCUAGUGCUGAAAACCAGAUUAGAAGGAAAAGGUGAACACUUAGAGCAAGGACCCAUGACAGAACAACUUAGCAAAAUGUUCUUUACUACUAAGCACUGUUGGUAUCCUCGUGGACAGUAUCAUAGAUGUCAUAGGAAACUGAAUCCUCCAAAAGACAGAUGAUAUUGAGGUUUUCAGGAAUCAAAGAGAAAUGUUAUCCUGCAUCUCAUUUGCCAUUUGAGAAAAUACAAUUGGGUAUAUUCACUAAU